CAUUUACUCAUCAUUUUCAAGUGUCCCCAAUACCAUUUGUUCUUUCUUUUUAAUUAGGUUGACCUUGGGUUAACUUCAAUAUUUGUUGAAUUAACCCAUUUUUAGGUCAACGUAAUUAAAAAAAAACGGAUAAAAAAAUAAAAUGGCGAGAUCACUAAACAUUUUCCUUUUUAUAGUUUGUUUGGCAAUCAUGACUCCUACAUUGAAUGCCAAUAUAUUAGAGAGUAAUGACUAUUGGAAAGAACAACGACCUGAGUUUGAUUCAUAUUGGCAGGAAAGGGCUAAAGUUGCAAAACAAGAUAAUCAUGCAGCUUAUUUUCCUGAUCCUUAUGCUGUCUCCGGCAAUUUUACUGCUUCUAUUUCCGAAAUCAUAGCUGGAAAGAGCACAAGAAGGAACUUGGGUGGAGGAAAAGGAGGCGAAUGUUUGGCCACAAACCCGAUUGACAGAUGUUGGAGGUGCGACCCUAAUUGGGCUAACAACCGCCAGAAGCUUGCAGACUGUGUCCAAGGAUUUGGCAGAAACACCCGCGGAGGUAAAGGCGGUCCAAUCUAUGUUGUCACCGAUCCUUCCGACAACGAAUUGUUGAACCCAAAAGUCGGCACUCUCCGUCAUGCAGUCACACGUAACGGUCCCCUUUGGAUCACAUUCGCUCGCAGCAUGUUGAUCACACUCCAACAAGAGCUUAUUAUGACAAGCAAUAAGACAAUUGAUGGUAGAGGAGUUGAUGUUUACAUUGCCAAUGGAGCUGGAUUCACCAUUCAGUUUAUUAAGAAUGUUAUCAUCCAUGGAAUCAAGAUUUACAACAUUCAAGUCCGUGAAGGUGGCAUGAUUAUAGAUUCUGAGAGUCAUUAUGGUAUAAGGACUAGGAGUGAUGGGGAUGGUAUUUCUAUCUUCGGUUCUAGUAAUAUUUGGAUCGAUCAUGUUUCCAUGAGAAAUUGUAGUGAUGGUUUGAUCGACGCGAUCAUGGGUUCAACUGCUAUUACCAUCUCUAACGGCCAUUUCACCGACCACAACGAGGUGAUGCUUUUCGGCGCUAGUGACUCGUAUUCCGAUGACAAAAUAAUGCAAAUCACAUUGGCAUUCAACCACUUUGGAAAGAGAUUAGUCCAAAGAAUGCCAAGAGCAAGAUUUGGUUUUGUCCAUUGUGUUAACAAUGCCUACACUCAUUGGGAAAUGUACGCCAUUGGUGGUAGCAUGAACCCUACCAUUAUUAGUGAAGGUAACCGGUUUAUUGGCCCUGAAAACAAAUUCGUAGGCAAGGACCAAAUCAAUGCUAAAGAGGUCACAAAGAGAGAAUACACAGAGGAAAAAGUAUGGACAAGCUGGCAGUGGAGAUCCAUCAACGAUGAGUUUUUGAACGGAGCAUUCUUUGUAAACUCCGGACCAGAACUAAAGAACAGACCAUUUUCAAGGAAAGACAUGAUCACAGCUAAACCAGGAAGUUAUGUUGGAAGACUUACAAGGUAUUCUGGAAUUCUAGGAUGCCGUGUUGGUCGUCCUUGUUAGUUUUUUACAUUGCUGCAACUGUGGCAUGACAAAGUAGAAAAAGAAUGAACAGCAAUAUGGAGUAUCUUAACAUAGAUUUUGCCUAGUAGUUUUUUUAUUUCUUGUUUACUUUUUCUUCAAUUCUCAUCAAGAAAAAGAUGACUCAAGAAAUCCUUAAUUUCAAUGUCACACAUGUAAAUGCAAAAAAAAAAAGAGGAGUGUUCAGUUUUAUUGCCAAUGAUUUUUUUUUUCAUUUUUAUCAUUUGUUUUAUUUUUCA